AUGGCGAGCAGCACUGGCUGCUUUGAGGGUGCGGCAAUGUUCGCCUUCGACCCCGCACCUGAGAAGAUUUUGCUCCCCGAGGUUCUCAGACAGCCAAUUUCAAAGGAUCUCUCCGAGCCUGUGAUUGCAAGGCUGAAUCCUCCAUCUUGUAUGAUGUGCAGUGAACCAGGGGUGAUGAAAAAUCCAGGACAUUUUCUUUCUGAAGGAGCUGACACCACCACAUUUUCAGCCUUUCCCUCGCAGAAUGACCUGGAUUUGAUUGAAAGAUACAAACAGGGAGUAAUAAACUCAGUGUCUGCCUUGCAUCUGUUUGCCAAAACACACCACCUGCAGCUUGAAUUGAAAGAAACCAGCGUGGCAGGUGACGUCAUAAGGCCUUACUUUGCCUUUUGUGCUGUGAUAAAUGGUGUUUGCUACAAGACUGGGCUGGGAAAGAACAAGAAGGAAUCUAAAUUAAAUGCAGCUAAACUGGCUCUUGCUGAGCUACUCAACCUGGAGAAUACAGGGGCAAAGUCCUUUGAAGAUUCAGCUUUUUCCUGUGUUCCUGCUGAGCCUCGACCUCCAGGAAACUCUGCUUGUGUUUCAAGAACUGGAGGAGAACAUAUCUAUCAAAAGCUCUCACAAACGCUGGAGGAAGUGUUCAACCGCCUGACUAGCCAACACCCUGAGUACCAAAGCUGCGGCAGCUCCCUGGCUGCUUUCAUCAUUGAGAAGGGUGGGCAGCACGAGGUGGUGGCUCUGGGGACAGGGGAAUGCAACUACAGCCGGCGCGUGGAGUCCUGUGGGAGGCUCCUGCACGACAGCCAUGCCAUCGUCACUGCCAGGCGUUCCCUGCUCAGAUACUUGUACAGGCACCUUUUGCUGUUCUAUAACAAAAAUCCAGCCAAGGCAGAGAGAUCCAUAUUUUGCACAGCACCAGGCUCGAAGCUGCUUACCUUAAAGCAGAACAUAACUCUGUCUCUCUACAUGAACCAGCUUCCAAAAGGAACUGCUCAGUUAAAAUCAGAGGUGCAUCUCGGUCCCCAGUCCAUCUCUGCUUACGAAGCCAGCGAAGAGCUGAGUCUGCACGUUGCCCUGGAAGGCAGGAUUUACCUGGCUGUCUGCUGUCCCCCCAAGACUGUCAGAGUGAGCAGCAUGUCAGCUGGGGACAAACUCACCAAGUGGGAGGUGGUUGGUCUUCAGGGAGCCUUGCUGAGCCACUUCAUCGAACCGGUGUACAUCAGCAACAUUCUCGUGGGAAAUGGAAGUUGUAAGGAUACAAAAGGACUGGACAUAACCAUAAAGCAGCGUCUUGAUGAUGAACUCAUUUCGAAGCUUCCUGUGCACUACCUGGUCAACAGAUCUCACAUUUACUUGGUGAAAGCUGCGCUGCCAAUCCAAACAGAUUUGAACCAGUGGUCUCUUAGUUUGAAUUGGACAUUGUCAGAUGCAUCCUUGGAGGUUGUGGAUGGAUUAAGUGGGAAAACCACUGAAAGCUCCCCGUUCCGCAGCGGCACCUGCCUGGCCAGCCGCCUGUGCAAGGCCGCCAUGUUCAGCCGCUUCAGGAUGCUCGCCAGGGAAGCAGGACGGGCUGACCUGCUCCAGUUUCCAACGUACCAUGAGGCAAAGAUUAAAUCUCAGUUGUACCAAGAAGCUAAAAGCUUGCUGCAAAGCUACCUAGAGCAGCACAGUUACGGAUCGUGGAUUGUGAAGUCUCCACAUAUUGAACAGUUCAGUGAUUGA